GCGGGGGCGGCCGAAUCCGCCUGCGGGCGACAACGUGGUGGCGUGGCCCGCGUGUUUGUCUUCUCGGAGCCGUGGAGUUUGUGGAGCCCCUUGUUCUGUGCCGGCGAUUGGCGAUCAUGGCCCGGACGGGGGCCGCGCGCAGGGUUCGGUCCACUCCAGGAGCUGCCCACGGCAACAGCUGCCGGGGCACCGCCUGGCACAGGAUCCCCGCCCCUUCUUCCUCUGCGUGGGUGCAGGUUUCGGCCGGGUUUUAGCUUCAUCUGUUUUACUAGUUAGAGAAGAUUGUAAACAGUCGUUAACCAUCUUUUUGUAGCACAGAGCAGUUUUGUAUUAUCUUUUUUUUUUUUUUUUUUUCCUGGGGCUGCCUCUUUUAAACAAUUUCAGAUUUUAAAACCAGCAUUUCUCAUAGGUAGAGGUUAAAGGAAAGACCUUUGACUUUGCUUUGGUAACUUGAGCCUUGCAGGAGAGUCUUGUUAAGGCAACUUGGACAGAGACCCCUUUCACCAUGUGUGUGGUGACUGGGGGCUGAUGAGUCCAUAGCUCCACAGGUACAACAAACCAAGUUGCUAUCAACCUCGAUUAAAUGUGCUAAUAACAUGUGACAGAACAUAAAAGCAGCUUUUAAAGUAUUGUUCCCAAAGACAGAAUAGCAUAUAUUUUUUUUCCUGAUAUUAUUUUGUGAAAUAUGUGCACGUGUUCUGGCUCGCUGCUGUCAUAUGCAGUUGUUAAUGUUGUCUGUAGUGUUUAUCUCUGUGAACCUCAUGAAGUUCAAGAAGGCCAUGUGCAAAGUUCUGCACUGGGUUGGGGCAUUCUCCAUUACCAGUAUAGUCUGAAGGAUGAACAGAUUGAGAGCAGCCCUGAGGAGAAGGACUUGGGGUACUGGUGGGUAAAAGACUGGAAAUCACCUGGCAAUGCACACUGGCAGUUCAGAUACCCCCAUGUCCUGGGCUCAUUGCCACAGCCUAGGCAGCAGGGAAGGGGGGAAUUCUGCUCCUCUGCCCUGCUCAGGUGAGACCUUCAGGUGUACCUCCAGCUCUGGAGCUCCAGCGUGGGAAGGACAUGUUGCUGGUGGACAGAGUCCAGAGGAGGUCACGGAGAUACUCCAGAGUCUGGUGCCCCUCUUCUCUGGAGACAGGCUGGAGAGCUGUGGGUAUUUAGCCUGGAGAAUAGAAGGCUCUGUGAACACCUCAUUGUGGCCUUCUAGUAUUUUAGGAAUCCAUUCAGUGCCAGUGCUGGUACCUCAGGGUGCAGUUGUAGUGCAAGCUGCAGGUUGAGCUUUGGGUGGCCAGAGCAAGAGGUUGUGAACUGCUGACUACAUAACACAGGGCAUGGGGACCUGUGGCCCAGCCAGGUGAGGUACAUUCAGAGACACUCAGCAGCAGCUGUCUAUUUAUUCCAAAAGCUAAAUUAAUGAAUUGAACAAGAGAUGCAAUUUGGAAGCUUGAUAAACUUAUUUCUGUCAUUGAAGGGGACUGAAAUAUCUGAAUAAUAAUAAGUAAUAUUGAUAACUACAGAUGCAAGGAACAACUAAAAGUAGACAUUACAGCUGUAUGGCUAGUGUGAUAAAACAGAUUAUUUCAUAUGAAAUGCAGCUUUGUUUUCAUCUAGGCAUCUUACAUUUUUAUUUUAAUCUGAAGUGAAAUUCUUUAUUAUUUCAAAUUUUGAGCCCAUCUAAAGCUCACAGUCAAAUAUGGACUAAUUCCUUCCUCUCUUAGAGGAAAAUGAAACAGAUAAAAUAAGGAGUAAAGUAGUAGUAUGGACACAAUUCUGGAACAGUACCAGAGAUGUAAGAAAACUUUUAAAAUACAUGAAAUCAAGUCAAAAAACACUCCAAAUUUUAUUUGAAUGGUUUGUUGGUUUUUUUUUUUGUUUUUUUUUUUUUUGAGUGGUGAUAAAACUGGACCCAUGCAAUGCCACUUUGGGAAUGCUGAGGAUUUUGAAGGAUUGUACAGAUAAAAGUGUGCAGUCUGAGACAGCUCCUGUUUUUAUGGCUGUGUAUGUGGAUCAUCGAACAGAUGCUCCUGAUUCUGUUGCCUCCCCUUCCCAUAUAGCAUGGCAUCCACUUCAUCCACUCCUGGCAGUUGCUUCCAUCAGCACAGCAGGUGGGGGCUGUGUGGAUAUCUACCUGGAACAGGGAGAACAUGUGCCUGAUUCCCGUGUUGAGAGAAGCUUUCAGGUCACAUUACUUGCCUGGCACCCUUCCAGACCCAUUCUGGCAUCAGGAUGGGAGACAGGAGGAGUUCUGAUACUGAACAAACAAGACAAGGAGCAGUACACUGUACCCCCAAAUCACAGUGCCAAAAUCACAAUCCUGAGCUGGAGUACAAGUGGUACCUGCCUUGUGUCUGGGGAUGGGCACGGUGUCUUGUGUCUGUGGAAAAUGGACCAUCGGGGCAGAGUGCAGGGUCCUGCCCUGGUUAAGCAGGACUAUGGGAAGUGCUUGUGGCACUGUGUCUUUCGGCCACCCCCUCCUAGCGAGGACUUUAUACAGCUGGCAAAAGCUGCUGUGAGUGGUGAUGAGAAAGCCUUGGAUAUGUUUAAUUGGAAGAAAGCUGGAAUAGGACUGCCUCUGAAAAUGGCAGUCCAGGAAGGACUCUCCUUCUUUAUCACUUUGACAGAUGGUUCUGUGCACUAUGUGAAUGAGCAAGGGAAGACAAGGCAGGUAUUGUCUACAGACAGUCUGGUCCGAAAGCUCCUGUUACUAGAGGAAAGAGAUGUUUUACUUGUAAUAACAGAAACUCUGCAGUUGUCCUUACAUGCAGUUUCUCCCGAGGGAGAGGCAGAAGAGCUCAUGAAGGUGAAGUUGAGUGGGAAGACUGGUCAUUCUGCAGACAUGAUUCUAGUAGACCAUAGCCUGGUUGUUACAGCACUAGGUGAGACAGUCAUCAGGUUCUGGGAUUUGGAUCAAGAUGAGAACUAUGUGCUCUCCCUAGAUAUGCAAUUUGGCUUUGAGGGGGGAGAAUGUAUAAACUGUGUAUCUUACUGCAGUGCUAAAGGUGUCUUGGCAGCUGGAACUAGCAAGGGGAGAGUAGCCAUGUGGAAGAAAGCAGCAGGAUCUCAUCAGAGCACAUGGGCUUUGGAGGGCAAGGAGAAGUGGAAGUUCCAGGCAUCUACAGAACUUGAAGGAAAUGUCACUCAGAUAAAGUGGGGGUCCCGCAAAAACCUGCUGGCAGUGAACAACAUCAGCUCCGUGGUGAUCCUCAGUGAGCAGGCCAUGUUGGCACAUUUUCAUCAGCAGGUGGCCGUGGUACAGGUGUCUCCCAACCUCUUCAAUGUGACGAUCUUCAGCACAGGAACCACUCACAGCCUUCAUGUUGAUAUGAAUGCUAGUGGAGUCUUUGCUACUCAGGAUGCUAUAGUAUUCUGGAAUGGGAAGCAAGUGACUGUCUUUGAGUGCUCAGGAGAUACCUUCAGAAAUGCAGGCUCUUUCCUUUGUGACUCUCCAGUUCUGUCUGUUCAUGGAGAAAAUCUAUACACAGUGGAGCCGUAUCGGAUUCAGGUCCGCACUUGGCAGGGCACAGUUAAACAGCUGCUCGUGUUCUCUGAAGCAGAGGGGAAUCCGUGCCUCCUGGAUGUCUGUGGGAAUUUCCUGGCUGUGGGAACUGAUCUGGCUCACUUGAAAAUCUUUGAUCUCUCACGCAGAGAGGCAAAAGUGCACUGCAACAGCAAGAGUUUAUCCAAGCUGCUCCCGGGCCAUGGAGACAUUUUGUCUGUGAAGUGCAAUGCUAAUGGCAGCAAAGUCAGCAUCCUUGUCAGCAGGGCGGAUGGGAACAUUGAUUCCAAGAUCUGUUUCUAUGAUGUUGAAAUGGACCAAGUUACGCUCUUUGAUUUCAAGGCUGAACAGGGAGAUGGGAGAGAGAACCUUUUUGCUGGACAAGGCAUUGGCAAGUUUGUAGUGGAGUAUCCAGAGUUGCACAGUCACAUCCCUGCUUGCCAUUUCUGGGACCAGAGUGAACCAAGACUUUUUGUAUGUGAAGUAAUUCCUGAAGCAGACCUCCAACCUCCAGACCAAAAGAAAAUCCAGACGGAGGGCACAAUGGAUGUUUGGAUUAUAUCAUUCUUCAGCACUGAAGAGCAUGGCCUUUUGCUGCAGGACAGCUUUCCAUUGCCUUCAUCCUUCCAGCUCCUUCUCGGCAUAGAGGUGCCCCAUUAUUACUUUGCAAAAAAGCUGGGAGAAGCUGAGAAGGGAGCAUCAGAGUCUGGCUCAGGAACAGAUGUCUCUCAGAUGGCUGCAAGAAGACCCAUGAGAGAUUUCAUUGGAUUGGGAGACUGUGAUAAGACCACCCAGGAUGCCAUGCUGAACUUCAGCUACUAUCUCACUGCUGGAGACAUGGAUGAGGCCUUCAAAUCUAUCAAGCUGAUAAAAAGUGAGGCUGUCUGGGAGAACAUGGCUCGCAUGUGUGUGAAGACUCAGAGGCUCGAUGUUGCCAAAAUUUGCCUGGGGCACAUGGGUCAUGCCAGAGGAGCCAAGGCACUGCGGGAGGCUGAGCAAGAGCCAGAGCAGAAGGCCAGGGUGGCUGUGCUGGCCAUCCAGCUGGGCAUGCUGGAGGACGCAGAGCAGCUGUACAAGGAUUGCAGACGCUAUGACCUCUUAAACAAGUUCUACCAGGCCUCCAACCAGUGGCAGAAAGCCAUUGAAACGGCCGAGGCUCACGACCGGGUUCACCUGCGCACCACCCACUACAACUACGCCAAGCACCUGGAGGCAACCGGACAGCAGAGUCUGGCACUCACUCACUAUGAAAAGUCAGACACACACAGGUUUGAGGUACCUCGAAUGCUCUCUGAAGACUUACAGGCCCUGGAGAACUACAUCAACAAGAUGAAAGACAAGAGCCUGUGGAAGUGGUGGGCACAGUACUUGGAGAGCCAGUCAGACAUGGAGUCCGCAUUAAAAUAUUAUGCACUGGCUCAGGAUUAUUUUUCCCUAGUCCGUGUUCACUGCUUUCAAGGCAACAUUGAGAAGGCUGCUGAAAUAGCAAAUGAAACGGGGAAUGGGGCAGCCUCCUAUCACCUGGCACGCCAGUACGAGAGUCAGGAGGACAUCAAGCAGGCCGUGCACUUCUACAGCCGGGCCCAGGCGUUCAACAACGCCAUCCGCUUGUGCAAGGCGAAUAAUUUAAAUGAUCAGCUGAUGAACUUGGCUCUCCUGAGCUCACCAGAAGACAUGAUAGAGGCAGCCUGCUAUUAUGAGGAAAAAGGCGAUCAAAUGGACAGAGCUGUUAUGUUAUACCACAAGGCAGGACACUUCUCCAAAGCCCUGGAGCUGGCCUUCACCACGCAGCAGUUCGGGGCCCUACAGCUCAUUGCUGAGGACCUGGAUGAGAAAUCAGACCCAGCCCUGCUCGCCCGAUGCUCUGGGUUCUUCAUUGAACAUGCUCAGUAUGAGAAGGCAAUGGAGCUGCUGCUCACAGCCAAGAAGUACCACGAAGCUCUGCAGCUCUGCCUGGAGCAGAACCUAACCAUCACCGAAGAGCUGGCUGAGAAGAUGACAGUCUCCAAGGAAUCCCAGGAUCUCUCUGAGGAGUCCCGGAGAGAGCUGCUGGAGCAAAUUGCUGACUGCUGCAUGAGACAAGGCAAUUACCACAUUGCCACCAAGAAAUACACACAAGCAGGAAACAAGUUAAAGGCUAUGAGGGCAUUACUGAAAUCUGGAGAUACUGAGAAAAUUAUAUUCUUUGCGGGAGUUUCCAGACAGAGAGAAAUUUAUAUCAUGGCAGCCAACUACCUGCAGUCACUGGAUUGGCGUAAGGAUGCAAAGAUUAUUGCGAAUAUCAUCAGCUUCUACACCAAAGGAGGGGCCCUUGACCUCCUGGCAGGUUUCUAUGAUGCAUGUGCUCAGGUAGAAAUCGAUGAGUAUCAGAACUAUGAAAAGGCCCACAGAGCACUGACAGAAGCAUACAAGUGCCUUUCCAAAGCGAAGGCCAGAAACCCUGUGGAACAGGAAAGCAAACUUGGUCACCUGCAGAGCAGGAUGAGUCUGAUGAAGCGGUUCAUCCAUGCUCAGAGAGUUUACCCUGAAGACACUGAGGAAGCAGUCAGGCAGUGUGAACUGCUCCUGGGUGAACAGGACUUUGACAAUGCCAUCCGGCAUGGCGACGUCCUGGGAUUUUUGGUUCAGCAUUAUGCACAAGUGGAGGAAUUCCAUACAGCUUAUCACUACCUGGAAGAGAUGGAGAAAAGAAUUCCAGCCUCGAAUCUGAGCUACUAUGUGUCCCCACAGACCAUGGAGGCUGUGUGCCGAGGAGCUGGCGUUCCCAUGAGUGGUGCCCAGGCCCCAGCACACUCUGGCCAUGGCAGCAUGGACAACAGGGAGGAGGAAGAAGUCGCUGAUGAAGUGGAAGACCCAUGACAAUGAUCAUUUACCAAAUGCAAAGCAGACUUUAUUAUCAGCUCAUUUAUUCCACCCUCAUUAGGGGGCCUAGAUAAGUCACAUACUGUUGCCACAGAAUUUUGGUUAUUACCAAGAAAUUUAUUUUUCCUGCUUGACUGUACAA